GGGUUAUCGAUACACAUAAAAAGUCGCGCUUCCCGCGCAGGUGGACAUCUGGGAGCGUUCGGCUGCACGCGCGGGACACGAGCGCCCCACGCUCCGCAGCACGUCUUCCUCGCCGCCAUCCACCCCAGCUCUGCGACUCCAGAAGACAUCCCGCCGGGCGGUGCGGGGACAGUUGUCCCCUCUCCAGGACUCGCGUGUCACCCCAGCACUACUCUGGUUCCCCCCGACGCUCCAGGACUGGGGCCGGGGCCAGUGGAUGCGGGCGGGAUGGACGGCAACGCCCUGCCCCGGCCUGCGCGCCCCUCACCCGACGUCCGCGCCGCCCGGCGCAGACCCGCGUCCCCUGAAAUGCUGCGCUGCAGACGGCGGCGGCGACUCGGAGCGCCGGAGGGACCGGGCGACGAGGCGGCCGUGGCGCGACGGAACGAACGCGAGCGCAACCGCGUGAAACUGGUGAACCUGGGCUUCCAGGCGCUGCGGCAGCACGUGCCGCUCGGCGGCGCCGGCAAGAAGCUGAGCAAGGUGGAGACGCUGCGCUCGGCCGUGGAGUAUAUCCGCGCGCUGCAGCGCCUGCUGGCCGAGCACGACGCCCUGCGUGUCGCGCUGGCCCAGGGGCUACUGGAUCCCGCCGCGCACGCCCCGGCUCCCCAAGGAGGACCACCCGCCGCCAUCGCCGCAGCCUCUCCCUCCUGCGCCACCUCGUCGUCCGGCGGUGCGGGCGGCUCCGAACCCGGUUCCCCGCGCUCCGCCUACUCGUCGGACGGCAGCGGCUGUGAGGGCGCGCUGAGCCCCGGGGAGCGCGAGUUGCUCGACUUCUCCAGAUGGCUGGGGGGUUACUGAACGCCGCCCGCCUCGCCGAGCCCAAGCGAGGCCCCCCAUGGACGCACCAACCCGGCGGCCUCGCCUUGGGAGCUCGGGUCUGGCCUAAGCCCGCGUUAGCGCGCUGCCUGUGCCUCCAGCCGCAGCCCUGCAUGUCCCCGCAGCCACCAGAGACCAACCCAGCCAGCGGGGACCUCGCCCACGACGCGUGCCUCCAGCAGCACCAAGCCCGGCCCCGCAGGUGCCUGCAGCUUUCUCCGCCGCCGCCCUGGCUGUCUCGCGUGAUAGGGCAAGGCUACAGCGCUUGGAGACUUUUCCCAGGGGAAUCAAGUUUGAAAGGACCCCAAAGACUGUGCGUUUUCGAACAACGCCGUGACUUGAACUGGCUACUCUGAAAUAGUUAUUUUUGUACCGAGAAUCUUGAGAAUUUGAACACAAUAAAAUGAUCCAUCUCCCUC